AUGCCGCCGCCCCCAGUGGCCUUGCUGCCCGCCCCCACAGGCAUAAAACCCCCUGCAGGUAUAAAACCAGGUAGAGUCCACAGGGAGGCACUGAGGAUGGAGAUGCUCCAGGCCAGCGCCUCACUCCAGGGGCUGCUGUUGUGGCUGCUGCUGAGCGCGGGUGGGGUGCAGGCAUCCAAGGAGCCACCGAGGCCGCUGUGCCGGCCCAUCAACGCCACCCUGGCUGCCGAGAAAGAAGCCUGCCCGGUCUGCAUCACCUUCACCACCAGCAUCUGUGCCGGCUACUGCCCCAGCAUGGUGCGGGUGCUGCCAGCCCUCCUGCCACCUGUGCCCCAGCCCGUGUGCACCUACCACGAGCUCAGGUUCGCCUCUGUCCGGCUCCCCGGCUGCCCGCGUGGCGUGGACCCAAUGGUCUCCUUCCCUGUGGCCAUCAGCUGUCGCUGUGGGCCCUGCCGCCUCAGCAGCUCCGAUUGUGGGGGUCCCAGACCCCAACCCUUGGCCUGUGACCACCCUACCCUCCCAGACCUCGUCUUUCUCUAAGAGUGCCCUGCCCCCAGCUCCCCACACCCAUCCCA